AUGGGAAUACCUGCAAUCCAACUUUUUUUAAUUUUUGCAAGACAAAUGGCUAAACCAGUUAGUAACAGAAUUAUGACUUAUGGAAGAAAACAUCCAUUUUUUCGGAAUAAAAUACUUAUUCCUGCUGGGAGAGGUUUUUUUGAAUUUUUUUUCGAGGGAAAUUUUGAGAGGGAAAUUUUGGGAGGGAAAAAUAUUUUAAUUUUUUUUUAA